AGACGCAUGCGCCCCGAGCCCGGCUGGAGCCCUCCCUCAGCCGGAGGAUCUCCAUUUUGCUUUCAAGAGAAAGAGGAAAAAACCGGCCAAGGCGACGUUGGAGGGCCGGCUGCGGCCUCCCGAUCUGGUUGGUGGUUUAUUGGCCCGGCCGGUGUUUAAAUGGCAGCAGCGGCCCGAAAAUGGAUAUCAUGACGGCGGUGUUUAACGCAGCUCGCGACGGGAAGUUGAAACUUAUGCAAAAGUUACUCAACAACCGCAGCGCCGAGGAACUGGAGGCGGUGACGCUGGAGAAGACCAAUGGCGGCACUCCGCUGCUCAUCGCCUCCAGGUAUGGCCACCUGCAGGUGGUGGACUACCUGAUGGAGCACUGCAAGGCCAAGGUGGAACUGGGCGGCUCGGUCAACUUCGACGGCGAGACCAUCGAAGGGGCCCCGCCGCUGUGGGCGGCUUCGGCCGCCGGGCACCUGACGGUGGUGCAGAGCCUACUGGAGCACGGCGCGUCCGUCAACAACACCACUCUGACCAACUCCACCCCGCUGCGGGCCGCCUGUUUCGACGGCCACCUGGAGAUCGUCAAGUACCUGAUCGAGCACAAGGCGGACAUGGAAGUGGCCAACAGGCACGGCCACACUUGCCUCAUGAUUUCGUGUUACAAAGGCCACAAGGAGAUUGCCAAGUACCUGCUGGAGAAGGGGGCGGACGUGAAUAGGAAGAGCGUGAAGGGAAACACGGCUUUGCACGACUGUGCAGAGUCGGGAAGCCUGGAUAUCAUGAGGAUGUUGUUGAAGUGCGGGGCUAAGAUGGAAAAGGACGGAUAUGGAAUGAGCCCCUUGCUUGCAGCCAGUGUCACAGGCCAUAUGAAUAUCGUAGAGUUUCUUAUUCAUAAUGCGCAGACUAAGAAGGAAGAUCGAAUUGACGCGCUUGAGCUACUGGGAGCCACGUUUAUUGAUAAGAAAAGGGAUUUACUUGGAGCUAUGAAGUUCUGGAAGAGAGCAAUGGUGAUGAGACACUGCGAUAAAGCUAAAAUAGUUAAGAAGCCACAAGUAGGGCAGUUAGUGCUGGCAUAUGAUUAUGCAAAGGAAGUCAUGACUUCGGAGGAAUUGGAAGCCCUGAUAACUGACCCAGAUGAAAUGAGGAUGCAGGCUUUGUUGAUCAGAGAGAGAAUUCUUGGACCAUCGCACCCUGACACUUCUUACUAUAUUCGUUAUCGAGGUGCUGUCUAUGCUGAUUCUGGCAACUUUGAACGCUGCAUCAAUUUGUGGAAGUAUGCACUGAAUAUGCAGCAGAACAAUUUAGACCCCUUGAGCCCUAUGACUGCGAGUAGUUUGCUAUCAUUUGCUGAGCUCUUUUCAUUUGUCUUGCAAGAUCGUUCAAAAGGUACCUUGGCCAUGAAGGUAUCUUUCAAUGAUCUUAUGUGUAUCCUGUGCAAAAGCGUUCGUGAAGUAGAGCGGGCGGUGAAUCAGCGAGAGAACCCCCCGGAGGUUGCCCAGUUCACCAAAGCUUUGUCCAUUAUUUUGCACUUGAUCUCCUUGUUGGAAAAGGUAAAAUGUAGCCCUGACCAGGAACAUUACAAGAAGCGAACCAUUUAUAGGCUCUUGAAGUUGAACCCAAGAGGAAAAGGUGGGUUUACCCCACUGCAUCUAGCUGUUGAUAAAGAUACAACGUCGGUUGGUCGCUAUCCAGUUUGCAAAUUUCCUUCGUUGCAAGUGACCUCAGUUCUGCUAGAGUGUGGUGCUGAUGUUGACUCGAGAGAUUAUGAGAACAGCACUCCCCUGCAUAUAGCUGCAGUCAACAACAAUCUUGAUAUUAUGAACAUGCUAAUUGACGCUGGUGCACAUUUUGAUGCCACCAAUUCCUCCAAGAAAACUGCUUGGGAUUUGCUGGAUGAAAAGAAGAUGGUUAAGAAUUUGAUUCAACCCAUUAACCACAUUACCCUCCAGUGCCUUGCUGCGCGCGCUAUUGAAAAACAUAAGGUGACUUACAAAGGAUUAAUUCCAGAAGAACUGGAUGCUUUCAUUCAGCUGCACUAGAGCAAAUUGUGUUAAUGAAUUUAGAUGCAUGACAAGGUGCUUCUCAUGGAGCUUCAACAACUUGCAUUGAUGUGUAGAUAUACCAGAGACUGGAGUGAGAUUAAAAUCGGUCUGACUA